AUGCAUAUCAUAAUUCAUAUUAUACUCAUAUUUGUUCUAUUGAUCAUUAUCGUUCAAUCUCAAGGUGGUGGUGGAGGAGGAGGUGGCGGCGGCGGCGGUGGUAGAAGUGGAAGUAAUCAAAGCUAUGUUAAUCCAUGUUUAACCUUUGAAUGUGAAUUAGCAGUAUUCGUUUUGAAAAUCGUUGGUGUACUGCUUGCUGGAGUCGCCAUUGUAUGGGCAAUUCGAUCACGGAUUCGUCAAUGUACAGGUGGUAAGCCACCAGUAGAUAACACAGCAUUUAUCAAUCAAAAUUCUCGUCAAAAUGUUAACUCCCAAAAUGAUCCUUUCGUGGAUGGUAUCUGGUCUAGUCGAUAUUUUCAAUAUAAUAAAUGGCAUACAUCCAAUCAAUUAUCACUCUCGUUCAAUCGAUAUUCAUAUCAAGUAAGCGGCGAAGGAACAGAUGAAAUCGGUAGCUAUACUAUCGAUGGUAUCUUUUGUAUGAAAACUCUUCGUAUGGGUCUAACGAAGAUUUAUCAAGCAAGAACAGGAGAUCUUACAGAGAACUUUGGACAUACGGUGACUAUACAAUUGAUCUGGGAUUUAAAGCGUAAUCGAUUCAAGGGAAAAUGGUAUACUCAAACAAAUAAAUAUCGUGGAGAAGACAAGUUUGAAUUAAACUUCGAAGCUUCGGCUCCAUUGAUUGAAACAAACAAUCGUACUUGGCAGCCUGGUAUUCCGGUUGUAUAA